AAACACUAAGCUUAAAACAGUAACAAUAAAAGUGAUUGUCUUUGAUGAUGAGCUGCAAAUUCCUUUCCAUGUGCACGAGCAUAUAAUUUGAUUCGCGUAGUUUGUAAACACUUCGAAAAACAACAACACCCGAUUGUAAACAAAAUAGUUUGAGAAUGAUGCACGUACGCAUAUUGUAUGUGGGUGAUGUCGGAUUUGUUUCCCGGGGUUGAUCCUGAGCCCGUGGCAUGCAGCUUGCAGUGCGGUGGUGACGGCUGGUGGCGGGUACACCCUGCACCGUGACGUCACCACAGGUAGAGGCGCCGAGGGGGCCGGCGGCAGUCGAGUCGCGCCCGUCGAGCGGAGCGAUCGUGUCGCGCACCUGACCGGCCGCAUGCCGGAGAACCAGUCGGCGGGAUGGCCGCCCACGGCGUGAGCGCCGCGCUAUGUUGAAGCAUGCGACGCGGCCGCCGGCGGCUAACGAUGCCGACCACCGCUACCAAAACAUGCCACGGCGGCCGCACCACCACCUGCCGCUCAACGUCUCCACGCUGGACUCCUCCAAGCACUCGGUUGGCGGCACCUCGGCCAGCGUCAGCCCCGGCGCUCAACCCGCGCCUGCGCCGGCGCCGAUGCCCGCGCCCUUGCCCGUCGCCUCGCCGCCUAAGCUGGCCAAUGGCACCGCGCCGGGUCUGCAGCCGCGCUCGGUGGGCAUGAGGAGCCGAAGCUCGCGUGCGGCUACGGAGGAAGCACUAACGUCGCUAGCAUUGCUCUGUCUCGUCAGCCUGCUGCUAGCGCUGCUGGCGCUGCUCUUCCUGCUCAAGAUCUCGGCGCCGGCGACUAGUGCACCCGAAGAGUUCGCCGUGGUGUACGAAGUGACAUUGGCCCUGUGCGCGUUGACUCUGUCGCUGAACUUGUGCUGCCUGCUUGUGUGCGCGAUACAGUUCCUGUUCGCGGUGAAGCUGGUGCACUCACCGUCGGCACCCAACGGCCGAUCAAACAAAUAUCUGCAGAAAUCGGCGAUAACGCGUGUUUGUGCAGUUGGAGGCUUCUUCAUAUCGAUACCGGUGUUUUUAACAGGAAUAAUACUCUACACUUUCAUCCAGUUCCAUUCAACGCCGGCUAUUGUGACAUCAGUAUUCAUAGGAGUUGGCAUCAUUUUCUGCGGCUGCGCGAUGGUUCAUAAUGUCUUUGUGUGGCAGAAAGAGAAGACGAACCUUGUUAAAGCGUUCCGUGGCCAAGAUUUAAACGCAACGAAUGCAACAUCACCGAAUAUUAGCACAUCUAAUGGUGCAUUACUUGGUAACGGACAUUUGAACACCACUGGAGGGAAUGUCAGCUUCCAUAGCGUUGCUGGAGCACCGUACACUCAUCCUAUAACAUUACUUCAGCAAGGUGGACCGUAUAUUAUUAGGCCACCUACGAGCACGCCGCCGGGAGAGGGAGCGGCGACACCGGGAGUACCCGCUGCCACCAUCGACCUUAGCCACGACGCGCACGAGCUGAGCACGCUAGUGUGACAGGAAGAGUCAUAGACAAUCACGUCUAAUGUAUGCAUAAUCUAUAACAUAGACUUAUGGGGGAAUAUCCGGCGUCAUAGACAAUUAAGUCUAUUACCUUUUAUUGCAACGACUGAAGUUAACUAUAAACAAGGCAUUUUUAUUCUUUAACCUGCUCAGUUAAGGCUACAAAUUAUAAAAACCAGAAAAGAAAAAAAUGAAAAAUAAAAAUGUUAAAUCAAAUUUGUUAAAACUAAAUUUGAAAUUAACGAAUCAGGUUGUGAUGACGUCAUUAAAGCUUGUGAAUUACAAGUUUAUAAAUUGAUCGAAAAGUAUGGCAUGUUCAUAGUUGCUCAAGGUCUAUUAAAGCCUUAAUAUACAACCUUGAACAUAAAACAUGAACAAAUUGAUAUUUUACUCAUAAAUCCAAGGCAGUAACAUGGAUGGUAUAGUGUAGAUUAUGCACGUAAAAUGUCAUAAAAUCCAACUGUAAAAUUGUUAGAAAUGAUUUAAGAGUUAUUGUAAAAAGGAAAUGAAAAACAAGCAUAUUGUAGCUGCAACAAACACCAAUGCUUUCCUUCGAUUAUGUAAAAACCAUUUUAUAAUUUAGACAUUUGUUAAAAUAUGAUAUACUUACGUAUAUAAUCAUUAUUUCAGGUUAGAAAUGCGUGCGUCUUUUAAAUGUGCAAUUAACCGUGGGUUUCCGAGAUCAAAAUUCCCCUUUAAAACAUAUUGUUAUCUCUGUUUUGUCAAAGAUAAUGAGAGAGAUGACGAUGUGUUUUAUACAUGUGGUCUCAGAAACCAUCGGUAAGUAGAUUAUGAAGAAGCUUGAACGACCUGAAUUGUUUUUAUUUGUAUGAUAAAAUAAUUUUGUAAAUAGUUAUUUUAAAUUCCUGCCAUAGCAUUAAUUGCUUUGCCAUGUUUUAUUAUUUAAAUUUAAUAUUUUAUAGUGUUCUCCUAAGUUAUACAAGCCACAGAUUAUGUAAUAAAAAUAUAGACCAGAGACAAUAUUUAUUUUUAACAAACUUUUUUUUUUCAAAUAUUUUAAAGGUUAAAAUAAAACGAAUGUUUUAAAAAUACAUGCUUUUUUAUAGGGAUUAUUUUAUAAGGCCUUUGUAAUAUUUUUUUACACAAGCAAGUUCACAAAACGUAUAUUUUUCUGGCUGAGCAUUAUGCGUCAUCGUAAACAGAUUUUAUUAAAAAAAAA